AUGCCGGCCACGCGUUCCCGCAAGGUCGUCAAGCUGAAGCCCGCCCUGCCUCCCCCAGAACCCGGUGCGGGUUUCCUGGCCCAGCAGCCGAUAAAAGUCUUGCAAGGGCAGGGCACGCGGCGGUCCGACAGUACGCACCCGGGGCAUCCACGAACGACGCUCUUCGUGACGCGGCGCACGAAGCUGGGCGCACUCAUCGCGAGGGCCAAGUCUCUCGUCCUCGACGAGGGCGCUACGGAACUGAAGCUCUAUGCCCUCGGCGCGGCAAUCAGCCACACCUUCGUCCUCCUACAUGCGCUCAUGGACAUUCUGCCUUAUCCAAUUGCCGGGCCGGGACGGGCGGGCAUGUGGUUCGAGAUCCGGACGGGGACGACGGAAUGCAAGGACGAGAUUCCGGGGAAGCGUUCGGGGCUUAAUGGCGUGGAGGCGAUGGAUGCCGAGGGAGGGAAGGAGGAGGAAGACGAAGGAGGGAAGCCGGGGGAGGAGGAUUGGGGAGACCUCGGGUUCUUUGUGGAGGACAAGGCUGAGAUUCAGACGCGGAAUAAGAUUGUCCUGCAUAUCUCGGGACGAAAACCGUCGACAGACACCAAGCCGAAGAAGAAGGCGCGGCCGUCCGCCAAGAAGCGCAAGGCUCGCGCGGGCGGCGCGAACGCGAGCGAGAUGGACGUUGACCCCGCGGACGACGAGGAGGCUCUCAUGAACAUGUAA